GCUCGGAAGUCAUGGCAGCCGUCACUUCUCCUGAUGAGCGUCCGAUUCGUCCAGCACAAAACGUUGUGGAAGAAGAAACUAACGCAGCGUCUGUCAAAGUGAUGGAGGAUAGUGGUGCUGGUACUGAUUUCGUUCAUGCUGGCAACCGGGCACUGGAUAGAGAUGCAGUUGCAAAGGCCGCAUUGUCGGCUCGUAUAUUUGGUACCAUUGGUUCUUCCGGAUCAAAAGCAGAAUCAAACUCCGAAAGUGAAGCUGGUGACAUUGCUGUUUUAGGAGGUUUGGAUGACGUAUUUGAUCCUGUCGACGAGCUGAUCGUGGAUACCUUGGCUGAAGACACGACGAAAGCAGUAGAUACCUGCGCGUACGCUUUGAAGGAGGAAAGCGAACAAUCUACUGGCGAUAAGGACAACAGCGUAACUACGUCUAGUUUUAGCUUAAUAGCUCAAGAGAAGGCGGACAAGAAGGACGUCGAAGGCACAGAUAAUGCGGCUUUAUUUCUCCAGGAGUUUGGCAUUACGAAGUACUGUGAACGGAAGCAAUCUCUAUACCCAGUGAGUGAUAGAUUAUCCCGGGCAAUGUUUAACGCGGAUCAAGACGACGCGGACCUCGUUUUUGAGGUUCUUGUGGGCGAUGACCCCCUCUCCGAUGAAUGGUUUCACGAUGUAACUUCAAGACAUUAUGCUGCAACACUGCACUCAGUGCCGCGUACAGCUGUGUUGAAGCUUUCACUAAGUGGUGACUCAGGAGACACUUAUACACUGAUCAUGGGCGACGCAACGCCUGAAGCAAUCUUGGAGUCGGGACUUCUAGACGACAACGAUGGAGAUUACGAUCUGGUCAGAUCUUUCAGGUACCCGCUUCCCACACGUCGGCUUGGGCGUAGUGGGAAAGCGCCUUCUCCUUUGAGGGCUCAAUCGUCGAGCGCUCUACAUCAACACAAGUCUGCACAUGCAGAGAAUUCUACCGUAAACAAUGUAAAGCCCCCCUCGCCACCAACCCAAUCUGUUGUACCACCAAGUGUAUCGGCGGCAUCUUCGGGACUGGCUCAACGAAAGUCCAUCGGAGCUCCAAGCAGCAUCGCGAAGCCUCCGAGUGCUGUAGUUCGUCCACGACCAUUCGUCCGUACACCAAUGACGCCAAGCACUAUGGCGGUAAAGCCUUCUUCAUCUCGCUUGACUCAACCUUCAUCUGCUCUUUCAGGUACGCCCUCAUCCGUAUCCAAGACCACAAAGAGCUUUCUUCCAACGCCAAGCCCACACAAGGUGCCCAAUAUUUCAACGAACGCGAUCCCCAAACCUGUUGAGUCGAGCGGCUUGCCAACGCCGCGGAUGUCUUUUGGGUUUCGCCGCCUGCCAAAGAAUUGAGAUCUUGGCCGAUUUUCUUCAUUUAUGAUAUGGUACUUAGCGUAAAAAGCAGUCCUCACGGAGAAAGUAGAGCUAAUGGAUGUGCAUUACAUUAACCGAAUGCGACCUCACGUAAAGCUGCUCUGCAUUUCUGCUCCACGGCCUUUUAGUUCUGCACGCGGUACGGGAUGUUCCUGUCCUCAAGAAAACGCUUGAUCGAGUCGGGUAGCUCUCCGGAGACAGACACAGCAUAUAUGCCUGGGAUUAAGCGAACUGCGCCAACAACGAAUACCGAUAGGGUCAUCAAUUGCAACCUUAAAAUACUAGACCACCUUGACGCACCA